AUGAUGAUACGGUUGCAUGUGUUAAUUUAUUUUUACAUCCUAUUACGGAAUUGUCAAUCGGAAGUACCGUUAGUGAUAGCAACAUGGGGAACUGUUGGUUUUCAGGCUGCUACCAAAAAAGCAUUUUUGACAUUAACAAAAACACACGACAGAAUGGAAUCAUUAUUGGACGGUUUAACGGAAUGUGAACAGUUGCAGUGUGAUGGAACAGUUGGUUUCGGUGGUUCACCGGAUGAAAAAGGUGAAACUCGACUUGACGCACUCAUUUAUGAUGGUUUGAAUCAUGAAAUGGGUGCCGUUGGUUCAUUACCAAAUGUCAAGAAUGCAGCACGUGUAGCAUAUGCAGUAAUGAAAUACACGAAGCAUUCAAUAUUAGUCGGUGAAUAUGCAGCCAAUUUUGCUGUCGAGAUGGGUUUCAAACGAGAAUCAUUAUAUACAAAUAGCUCACGUGCUGCUCAUCAGAAAUGGAUCAAACAAAACUGUCAGCCAAACUACAGAAAAAAUGUGUUGCCGGAUCCGAUCAAAUCUUGUGGUCCAUACAAACCUGCAACUGAUAAAGAUAAAUUCACAUAUAACAUAAAAACAAAUCAUCAAGAUUUCGAGGUUAAUCAUGGUAAUCAUGAUACCAUAGGUAUGAUUGUUAUUGAUUCUGAGUAUAAUAUUGCUGCUGGUACAUCGACAAAUGGCGCUAAUCAUAAAAUUCCUGGACGAAUUGGUGAUUCACCGAUACCUGGUGCCGGUGCAUAUGCUGAUAAUGAUGUUGGUGGUGCGGUAAGUACCGGUGAUGGUGACAUUAUGAUGAGAUUUGUUUCCAGCUUUCAAACAGUUCAUUAUAUCCGUGAGGGUAAAACGCCGGCAAAAGCUGCCGAAAUAACAAUUCGUGCCAUUUCUCUCAAAUAUCCUAAUUUUAUGGGCGCAAUUGUCGCAGUCAAUAAGAAAGGUCAGUUUGGUGCCGCGUGUCACGGCAUGGAUUCCUUCAGUACGUUUAAACAUUUAACAUUUGAAAAUAUUUGUUGGGUUGAUAUUGUUUAA